AACCUCAUUUUCGAGUUCCACUCGACCUACUAAGCCGCUGCUAAUUUUAUAACGAGCACGAGCACAUUGUUACUCUCAUUCCAUGGAGCUACCGAGAUUUCUCCUCCUUCCUUCCUAUAUUCUCUUGUCAUGUGAUCUUCUAUGAAAACAAAAUGUGGGUUCUAAAUAAUCUUCUGAUUUCAGGUGAAAAAAGGGAAGAGAUUGGUCGAUCUUGUGGUCUCGAUUCCGUGCGGCUGGGAUUCAAAGAUUGAAGAGAACUUUGCUCGCAACAUCUAUGAGUUGUCGGAAGCAAGAAAUUGUAAGGACUCGAAUAGAGAGAGCGGUGGUUUUAGAGCUCCUGUUUCGGAGAAGGGGUGAAGAGGACUACUAGGAUUGCGGACCAAUUGUUCGACGGGUUCUCUGUUAAGGAAAACCAUAUGGUUACUUAAUCAGAUGAAAUGGAUUGCUUUAGAAAGCUUCGACCUUUAUGGUGUUAUGUUUGUAAGGCUUUACAGAUCCUCAAGCUCUUUCUUCUCUUUUUCAGCUUAUGCAUUCAAACCCAAGCUCAGGUCUUUCAGUAGCUCCGUGAGUAUAACAAACCAACCAAACAUGAAGUUGCUUUUAAGCUCAGAUACUAAUCUGCAUCCAGACAUGAACGGAAGGGUUUCGUCUGAACCCCAGAAAAAGGAAGGCGAGAAUCGGCUCACCCACAUUUUGGAGACGAGCAAGAAACCAUCUUUCUUAAGCUCUGCUUCCAAAAUUUGCAAAAUCAUUCUCCAGUGCCAGCAGUGGUCGGAUACGGUAGAGAUGAAACUCCAGGGACUGAAUGUAGUCUUGAACAACUACAUUGUGAGUCAGGUCUUGAUGUGUCUCCCAGCUGAAUUGGGUAUCCAUUUCUUCAUUUGGGCCGAAUCACAGUUGGGUGUUAAGCAUGAUUACUUUACUCACAAGUCCAUGAUUUUUGCGCUUCUUCGAGAUAGCAAGUUUGAUCUCUUACAACAGUUUUGGCAGAGAACCAAGCAAACUGGGUUUCCCAUCCAUCGGUCUAUAUACCGGCUUCUUAUAUCUGGGUAUAGGAGGGCUGGUUUAAUUGACGAAGCUGUUCAAACUUUUGAUGAGAUGGUGGGAUCUGAUUGUAGGGUGUUCGGUAUAGACUACGAAAGAUUUAUUGGAGUGUUGGUAAAAGAAUCCCGCUUUGAUCUGGCUGAGAAGUACUAUGAUAGAAUGAUUGCACAAAGGUGUUCUUUGAGUUCACUUACAUAUUCAAGAUUUGUCUUUGGUCUAUGUAAGGUAAAGAAUCUGACUCUCAUUGAGAGACUUUUAGAAGACAUGGACAAGCUGGGAUGUGUUCUUGACAUUUGGACUUACAACACAUAUAUAAAUUUACUGUGUAAGGAAAACCGGUUAGAUGUGGCUCUAGAAAUACUGCAGAAAAUGAGUCAGAAGGGAAGAGACCCAGAUGUUGUUACUUAUACUGCAGUUAUCAAUGGUUUUUGUAAAUUUGGAAGAUUUGAGUCCGCGGUUGAGAUUUGGCAUGAAAUGUCAAAGAAGGGGCUUACUCCAGAUGGUGUAGCUUGUGGGGCAUUGGUCCUUGGUUUAUAUAACAAUGGGAAGGUUGAUUUGGCUUAUGAACUUACUGUGAGGAUGAUGAAAGGUGAGAUUGUCUUCAGUAAUUCAGUUUACAAUGCUCUGAUUAGUGGAUUUUGUCGAGCUGGUCGAAUUGAUAAAGCCCAAGUAAUAAAGUCGUUUAUGGGAAGGAAUGGGUGCCAUCCAGAUUUGAUAACAUACAAUACUCUAUUGAAUUAUUGUUGUGAUGAGCUUAUGUUGGAAGAGGCAGAGAACUUGAUGGAGAAGAUGAAGCGAAGUGGUAUUAAACCUGAUAGGUACAGUUACAACCAAUUUAUUAAGGGUCUUUGCAAAGCUAACAGGUUUGACAAAGCAUACCAUCUUAUAGUGAAUAAGAUGCACAUCGAAGGUUUGUGUGAUGUUGCCUCUUGGAAUACUCUCAUUAAAGCACUUUGCAAGGUCCGCCGCACCAAGAAGGCAUACAAAUUGUUUAAGGAGAUGUGUCAAAAGGGGUUUGUCCCAGAUGUUGUCACCUUUACUAUUCUUAUUGAUGCUUUCUUCAAAGAAGGUUGUUCUGACUUAGCAGAGGAUUUAUUUCAUCAAAUGGUGGGAAUGGGUUUGGUUCCUGACUGCAUAAUGUAUACUACAAUGAUUAAUCACCUAUGCAAGACUGAGAGAAUUGAGCUGGCUCGAAGUUUUUUCCACAGUAUGAUUGAGAAAGGAAUUGCCCCUGAUGUGGUUUCAUACAAUGCCCUUAUUAAUGGUCUUUCCAGGGCAUCUAGGACUAGUGAAGCCAUGUGUCUGUAUGAGCAUAUGUGUACCAGUGGUCCUUAUCCUGAUGAGUUGACUUAUAAGUUGAUAAUUAGAGGGUUAAUAAGGGAAGAAAAGCUUGCAACGGCUCGUAUAGUGUGGGACCAGAUGAUGGAGAAUGGGUUCACUCUUGACAAAUCUGUUUCUGAGGCAUUAAUUAAUGCAAUUCGUUCUAAAGAUGCAUCUCACAUAGAUAUUAGAAGAUGUUGAAAUUAUAUGGUGCUAGUUUAAUUUCAUUUAUAAUCUCUUGUGAAGCCUAUAGAAGGCAGAGUUGAAACUGACAAACUUCACCAAACAAAGGUGCAUGGGUAAAAGCCAGCUUCAUUAGUACUUUGCAGCUCUUCCUGGAUAAACAGAGGCCAAGGACAUUGAGGGACAAAUUCUGUCAGACUACUCAGAGAAUUCCUGAUAAUGGUUACCUCCCUAAACACUUCCUUGGUCCAAUCUGAUGGCCUAGAGUGGUCCAGUUUUUCCUUUCAGAUAACAAAGACCGGUUGGGAUUAUCUUCAACCCCUUCCUCUUGAUACCACCCACUUGGCUGUACCUUCACCAUGACGCUGUAUCUCCAACCUCACAAACAGGAUUAAGAUUCAAAUGGUUGGUUCCUUUAAUUGCAACGAAAAAUACCUUCUCUGGCUGGAAGACUGCAUUCUUUUUUUUCCUCAUGCAGAUAUGAGCACAGCCAUUACAAGCCUUUUCUAGCCUGGGGCGAGUUUCUGAAUACAUACUAUAUGUUCUUACUUUACUAGAAAGAGUACCGUCAGACUAAUAUGCAAUGGGUAGCUUGAAUUGUAACCUUAGCCAAGAAUAACAUUGCAGAUUAUUGAAUAUGUUGUGAACCUAAAUGCUUCUGGGGAAGGAACGGUUGGAAGUAAUGGGUUAUGAAAUAAGGUUGUGUUUGGUACCUUGAUGUUGCAUUCCCAUUUUGAAUCCACAAACGCACCAGAUAGGUUAUUUGACUUGAGUUUUUGGUGGGGGAUAUAUGACUCCAAAGAGACCACGCUUGCAUUCAUUAUGUGCAUGGGGGGCGUCAAGAAGAUGUUUCUUAUAUUUGGGGUCAUUUCCACUGAAGUUGUCCUAUGGGGCACGUAAUGGCACCUAUUUGGCUAUUUGUACGAGACUGUACUUGUAAGAAUAUUGUGCAGUGUGUUUUAUAGCAAAACAUCUCACUUUCAUGA